AUGUCUGCUGGGGACAUCAAUAUCUUAUUGGAUCUUUGGGCCACAACCCUUCUUAAACACAAUGACAAGCCUCCAUUUGCGGACUGCCAUGAUUUGUAUAAAACUAUUGACACUACGCCAGUGGGUGAUGUCAAAUGGCAAUUGCUCAAGGUCCAGUACACUGGGGAGAAGCCAGAAACCUCUCAGUUCUGGCAACUCAAAAACCUUCUCAACCUCCUCCAGAACCCCACCAUCACCCCUUCACCUACUACACCCUGGCUGAUUGUUAGGUACCGUGCCGACUCAGGAAGCAGAGGGGUCGGGGCUUGGCUUCAGCUCUUGCGCUGCACCCUUAGCCGAGAUGAAUGGUCCACUUUGGUCUGCUUUGAGGGUCAGGGAGUAAGAGCUACUAGUGGUGGGCUGACUAGGAGUGGAGCGGAGAAGGCAGGGAGUGAUGCGGAGAGUGGAUAGGAGCAGGGGAAUGUUGGUAGGGGCGGGAAAGGCGGAGGAUAAUGCGGAGGGGCGAAGGAGGAUAUUUGAUAGGGGCAGAGUAAUAAUGGAAGGACUUAGAGCAUGGCUCUAAGUCAGAGUGGAGGGUCGGAGGGUCGGAGGUGACAACAAGUUG